AUGGAGUCCACUCCGCAAGGAGUUCCCGAGCGGGACAAGCCAGGCGGCCCUACCUCUUCUCCCGUAUCCGUCGUCUCCAAUUUCUGGAAAGAAUUUGAUUUGGAAAAGGAGAAAAGUGUGCUUGACGAGCAAGGUCUUAGAAUAGCUGAGAAUCAGGAGAACAGCCAGAAGAAUCGACGGAAACUUGCAGAGAGCACUCGAGAUUUUAAAAAAGCUUCAUCGGAGGAAAAGUUAGGUUUAUUCAACUCCCUACUAAAGGGAUACCAAGAAGAAGUUGACAACCUUACCAAGAGAGCAAAAUUUGGAGAAAAUUCCUUUCUUAAUAUUUAUCAGAAGCUGUAUGAGGCUCCAGAUCCAUAUCCAGCCCUUGCAUCAAUUUCUGAACUAGAUCUAAAAUUGUCUGAACUAGAAUCAGAAAACCGGAAAAUGAGGCUUGAGCUGGAAGAAUUCAGGACAGAAGCAACUCACUUAAAGAAUCAACAGGCAACAAUAAGAAGACUAGAGGAGCGCAAUCGUCAAUUAGAAUUACAGAUGGAAGAAAAGGUGAAGGAAAUUGUUGAGAUGAAGCAACGUAGUCUGGCUGAAGAAAACCAAAAGACCUUAGAAGUGUUGAAAGAUAGGGAGCAAUCGUUGCAAGAUCAACUACGACAAGCUAAAGAAAGUGUUUCCAAUAUGCAGAAACUGCACGAACUCGCACAGAGUCAAUUGUUUAUAGUUCAAGCUCAAUCAGAUGAAGAAAGUGCUGCAAAGCAAUCAGAGGUCAAUCUUUUGAUGGAUGAAGUUGAGAGGGCUCAAACACGGCUUCUUAGUCUCGAGAGAGAAAAGGGUGUUCUGUGGUCUCAAUUACAGUCUGCAAAUGAAGACACGGGAAACAAGAGAAGUGACAAUUUGGAUUCUAGUAGUAUGCUGGAGAAUUCUUUGAGUGCCAAAGAGAAGAUUAUUUCUGAACUGAACAUGGAACUUCACAAGAUUGAGACAACCUUGGCAAAUGAGCGAGAACAGCACAUAAAUGAGAUUAAAAGGUUGAAUGCACUGAUCAAUGAGAAGGAUGUUGCGAUUCAGGACGUGAAGAAAGAACUUCAAGCUAGACCUACACCAAAAUUAGUGGAUGACCUUCGUAAAAAAGUGAAAAUUUUGCAGGCGGUCGGAUAUAACUCUAUAGAGGCAGAAGAUUGGGAGGUUGCAACUAGUGGUGAGGAAAUGAGCAAGAUGGAAUCCCUUCUUCUGGAUAAAAAUCGGAGAAUGGAACAUCAAGUGACACAGUUGAAGGUCCAACUUUCUGAGAAAUCAUCCUUGCUGGACACAGCUGAUAGCAAGAUUGUAGAGCUCACUUCCAAGGUUAAUGAGCAACAGAAGUUGAUUCAAAAAUUGGAAGAUGAUAUCUUAAAGGGUUAUGGUUCCAAAGAUAGAAAGGGCAGUUUAUUUGAGGAUUGGGACCUCUCAGAGGCAAGUGGAGCAGAGUCAUCUGAGCAUCUGGACCAGAAACAUGUUUCCUCGGAUCGAGACCAGAGUUCAAUGCUCAAGGUGAUCUGCAAUCAACGAGAUAGAUUUAGGGCACGUCUAAAUGAAGCAGAAGAGGAGAUAAGGCAACUGAAGGAGAGAAUUGGAGCUCUGACUCAGGAGUUGGAAAAAUCUAAAGCAGAUAAUGUUAAGCUGUAUGGGAAGAUGCGUUAUGUCCAAGAUUACAAUCUCGAGAAAGUAGUUUCAAGAGGAGCUUCAAAGAAGCAUGCGGAGGACUUGGAAAGUGGUUCUAGCUCGGAUGUGGAAUCAAAGUACAAGAAGAUAUAUGAAGAUGACAUAAAUCCAUUUGCAGCGUUUUCAAAGAAGGAAAGGGAUCAACGGUACAAGGAGUUGGGAUUCAGGGAUCGAAUCACACUCAGCAGUGGACGUUUCGUUAUGGGCAACAAAUAUGCACGUACCUUCGCAUUCUUCUACACGAUCGGAUUACAUGUCCUGGUGUUCAGCUGUCUUUACCGAAUGUCGGCUCUCAGCUACCUUGGCAACGGCGAGGAAUCACUGGUUGUAGAUCAAACUAUAAACCUCCCACACGCACUCUGA